AUGGAUGCAAUAAAGCUCUCUGAUCUCCACGCCAAUGGUCGCCAUGCAGACUUGGAGAUGAGCACAGUCAUCUCCGAUCACGAUGACGAGCCCACUAAACUUCAUGGAGCAUCUGGACCUUUACGUCGACGGCUUUUUUUCAACAUUCUUGUAUCAGCAACACUCACCUUCACAAUUUAUUACAAUUAUCAGAAACUUAUCGACCGGCUGCAUCCACUUGUGGCCCCGGCAUUGCUCGGUAGCAUGUCGGCUGCUUUUGCUCAAACGAUGAAUCAAUAUUUGAAGAAAAAAAUCGACUUUAAUAGAAUUUUCAAAUUCAUGGUGUGGGGGUCGAUAAACGGGACAUUGACGGUACUUUGGAUUGAUCUACUCCUCAAUAGACUUGAUAGUGCGGUCUAUAGAAUAGUGGUGGAUCAAACAGUGGGAGCUCCUGCGUUUCAAGCUACAUUUUCCAUCCUUAAUUCAUUAUGGGAAACCGGUGAAUUGAUCUCCACCACUGCCAGGUCGUCGUAUUUAAGAUCACUUCGAUACAGCUACUGUUAUUGGCCCAUUUUCUCGGUAUGCCUGUUUCUUUUGGUACCGCCGCAAAUGAUGUUUCCUGCCAAUUGCUUGGCCAAUCUUUUGUGGAACUUGAUAUUGAGUCGAUUAACCUAA